UGUCACCCCACUCUGAUAGUUCUCAUUUCCACUGCAUUGAGACGGAUGUGGCUACUUGGGGGGUGGGGGCUACUGGUUUCACACCUCCCUGAAGAUGAGAGGGCUGGGCAGGAACUGAGUUCACACCUUUCCUCCUGCUAUUGGGGUUAAGGUGACUUGCAAAGGGGGAAACAAACUGUGUUUGUAUUUUGUUUGUCUUUCACGUGUUUAAGAAGGACAAAGGAGGUCACCCAGUGUCUACACUCCCCCUGCAUCGACCUCAGCGGGUGGCCCCUGGCUCCAGGCCAUUCGGGGAGGGGAUCUUAGUGCGUUGACGUAGCGGAGCGUUUACAUCUGCUGGGAACACAGUUGAGCAUUGACGUGUGCACAAAUAGGUGGCUGCAUGGCACAAAUAGGUGGCUGCAUGGCACCUUACGUCGACCUAACUGCGGAGUGUCAAGCAGGCCUGAGUGGCCAGGGCUUGGCCAUCUAGAGGGCAGAGGUGAAGAUGACAUUUCUGUUGAUCGCCGUGACUUACCUUUGCGCUCACACGUUGAUGGACAUCCCUCAGGUGACUUGCCAGCCGGUGCUGGACAUGGCAUAUGAUGCUUUUGAUGACCAGUAUAUCGGCUGCACAGAAGACAUGGAAAAUAUAAUCAAGUCUAAACUGCUGCGGAAAGAGAAGUCAACGCACAAGGUGUUUAGCAAAAGAUGGGAAGCUGCAAAAAAACAAUGGAAUGAGAAGAAGAAAAACCUCUCUCUGCCUAAAGGGUUUAAGGAUGAGAAUGGAAUAGCAAUCCUGGCCUAUACCAAUGGAAAUCAGAUACCUCUGCACAAGGAGUUCAACAAAGCUGUGAGAGAGGCUGGUAAAUCCCGAGCAUAUUAUCUCAAACAUUUCCCAUUCAAAGCCCUUCAUUUUUAUUUGACCAGAGCGUUGCAGCUCCUGAAGAGAAACUGUGCUGAGAUGUACGAGACGGAGGUGUACAGGGGAGUCCGUUCUCGCCGCUACAAGAAGAGAGGUAGCAUGGUCCGGUUUGGGACAUUUACCUCUUCAUCUGUAGACUGGGACGUAGCUCAGAGAUUUGGCUCGGCCACAUUCUUCACCAUCCGGACAUGCUUCGGGGUCCCCAUUGCAGACUUCUCUUAUAUCGGAGCUGAAAAAGAAGUGCUGAUUCCUGUCAAUGAGAAAUUUAGGGUGUUCAACUUCACCCAGGACAAGAACGGUAAUGCAUUUGUCCUCCACAGCACAAACCGGACCUUCAGCCGUUACAACUGCGCCUACAUAGAAGGAAAGAAAGGGCGAGGGGGGGCCUCGCGCUUGGAAGGAUUUCACGCAUCCGGAGCACUUCGGGCUGGGCGUGCCGAAGCAGAGGCAGAAACCACGUGAAAUGUUUGCUUUGCUCCUUUUCAGUCUCUUGUGCAGCCCACUUGUGUUCCAAUAUGCUAUUAAACAGCCAGGGCUUGAUGGGUAGUCACGAUGUUAAGCUGACCUUCCCCAGCUUGGGAACUUGCAGCCUGCCAGUGAUUUGUCAACAGAUCACCACGAGAGGGCAUGGGAGAUCUUCCGCUGGAUUCGCUUGCUGCAUUUACAGCCAAAGCCUCCUGCUUUGCGGUAUUUACUGUGUCCAUCUCAUUUAAUAGGUAACUCUGAACCCCGGCUUUAUGUCCUCUGGGUUGCAGAUGUGAGCAGCAUGUUGUCUGCUGGGAUGAUUUUGCUCUGCUGAGCUGAUGUUUGAUGCAACUUGUUUAAUAAAUUUGCUAUAAUUAACGAGAA